AUGCAAGUCUUGCGUUAUAAUCACUGUUAUACUGUUGUUUUUGUAUAGAGUUUGGAGCUCCUCGUGAGAAAUUGAGAAAUCAUGGGAAAAACAUCAAAAGACAAGCGAGAUAUUUACUACCGGCUGGCGAAGGAAGAAGGAUGGCGUGCGAGAAGUGCUUUCAAACUCCUGCAAAUUGAUGAAACCUUCAAAAUUUUCGAUGGAGUCACUCGAGCAGUUGAUCUCUGCGCUGCUCCCGGAAGCUGGAGUCAAGUCCUCUCUCGGAGACUUUACGAAGGUCGAGCGGAGAGUUCGGAUGUCAAUAUCAUAGCGGUGGAUCUGCAGGCCAUGGCAGCUCUUCCGGGAGUCACUCAAAUACAGGGUGACAUCACGAAGCUGAGCACUGCUCAGGCGAUUAUUAAUCAUUUUGGGGAGAAGAAGGCAGAGUUGGUCGUAUGUGAUGGAGCUCCGGAUGUGACUGGUCUGCAUGACAUCGAUGAGUACAUUCAGUCUCAGUUACUUCUGGCCGCUCUCAGCAUAACUACCCAUGUUCUUAUGCCAGGAGGGACUUUUGUGGCCAAGAUAUUUAGAGGGAAGGAUACAACUCUUCUGUACUCACAAUUGGACAUCUUCUUUGACUCUGUGUCUAUUACAAAGCCUCAGAGUUCAAGAAAUUCCAGCCUCGAGGCUUUUGUGGUCUGCAAGCAGUACAAUCCACCUGAGGGCUUUGUCCCUCAGAUGAUAAACCCCAUGAUCGACGAUGUGAAGAUCCUCAUGGAGGAGACAGAGUCCGAAGUCAAUAAGGAACUAAUUCCAUUCAUCGUGUCCGGAGAUUUGCGGUACAAUUAUGAUUCCGAUAUGUCCUACUCAUUGCCAGCGAAUGAAGUGGGUCAGUAUGAGUGGAAGGAUGCGGUGCAAAAGCCAAUUUGUCCACCUUAUGAGGAUAUCAUUGAAAUGACCAAGACAAUGUCGUUAAAGAAUUCGGCAAUUGUAAAGCAAAAUAAGGAGUUGUAAGAAACUAGCAUUUAAUCUUCACUA